GAAGAAACUUCAGGAAAUAUGGUAGUUCGAGCAAGUGAUGUGGACAAAAAUUUCUUUACUCCGCGAGACUAUCAGGUUGAAUUGCUGGAUAAAGCAUGUAAAAGAAACAUUAUUGUGCCCCUCGGGACAGGUUCAGGCAAAACUUUUAUUGCUGUUUUACUAAUCAAGGAGUAUACAAGCAAACUUGUAAUACCAUGGAAGAGUGGUGGGAAGCGAGCUUUCUUCCUGGUUGAUAAAGUUUCGCUAGUUGGACAGCAAGCAGCACAUAUCGAACAUCAUACAACACUGAAUGUGGGCAAAAUGCAUGGACAUUUGAAUCAGGAUAUCUGGUCAGAACCUGCCAAAUUUGAUGCAUUCAUUGCGUUACACGAAGUUACGGUACUGACUGCUCAAAUCUUUUUGGAUUUACUUGAUCAUGGCUUCUUCAAUAUGUCGAAUGCUGCUGUUAUCAUCUUCGAUGAAUGUCAUCAUGUAUUAGGUAGCAAACACCCGUAUAGAUUAAUCAUGCAUCGGUAUGGACAACUCACUGAAGUGGAUCGACCUCGAAUUCUCGGUCUCACAGCAUCUCUAAUCAGCAGCAAAAUACCACCGAAUAGUUUAGAGCAGCUUUUGGAAAAAUUGGAAAGGAUCAUGUAUAGUUCUAUUGAAACAGCAAGUGACCUGCUUUCUAUUUCUAAAUAUGGAGCCAAACCGAAAGAGUAUGUUAUCAUGUGUCACGAUUUCUUCUGUUGUUCAUGUGAAAUUAGCAAAAAAGUUGUCGAUACUUUGGAAAAUUUGCGUACAUUUUGUUUGAAAUGUACUGAAUUCCACCCGGAAUUUGACGUUGAUCCAAGGAAACCCGUACUUGAAGCAGUUAAUCGAACGAAGUCUGUUCUGGAACAACUGGGCCCAUGGUGUGCAUGGAAAGUUUGUCAGCUCUUUCAACGACAACUGAAGAAACAUUCAGGACAAGGUUUCUUGCCUGAAAAACAAGUCAUCUUCCUACAAAUGGCGUACACAACAAUGCGUUUCACUAAACGUUUGCUGGAUGCUAAAGUGGCUAGCGUACGGUGUUUUAACGACAUGAAACCAAUACUGCCGGACCGUUUAUCAAGGCUGUUUGAAAUUUUAAAGUUCUACAGCCCUUCGAAUAUGGAAAAGGUGGAUCCAGAUUUCACAUUUUGUGGUAUCGUUUUUGUGGAGCAACGUUACGUUGCAUACGUGUUAAACACCCUGAUAAGGGCAAUAUCACGGUGGGACAGUGAUAAGUUUGGGUAUCUGGUUUCGGAUUUCAUUAUCGGAUACAAUAGCGCCAAUAUUAGUGCAGAAGAAACAAUGGCAUUGCAUAAGAGGCAGGAACUGGUUUUACGCAAAUUUCGUCAGCGUCAUUUGAAUCUGUUAAUUGCGACAAGUGUUUUGGAAGAAGGCGUCGAUGUGAGGCAGUGUAAUGUGGUUAUCCGUUUCGAUCGGCCUACUGAUUACCGGGCUUAUGUGCAGUCAAAAGGAAGAGCACGAAAAGACGGUGCAAGUUAUUUUCUACUAGUUGAGGAAAGAGAUCGUGAACAGUGUUCCCGUGAUUUGAAGGAUUUCUUGCAAAUCGAAAGAAUGCUACUGAAACGAUAUCAGAAUGUGCAUAAUCCACCAGAACCAACGAUUUCACCGAGUAUAGAAGCAAUGGAUGAUAUCAUUGCACCAUACACUGUUGAAAGUACUGGAGCGCAAGUUACCCUGACUAGUGCUAUAGGCCUUGUAAACAGGUAUUGUGCCAAACUUCCCAGCGACAUAUUUACUCGUUUGGUUCCGCAAAAUACGAUUGUGCCAGAAACUGUAGGUGAUCAUGUGAUGUACCGAGCAGAAUUGUUGUUACCUAUUAAUUCACCGAUCAAGGAAACCAUUAAAUUAAAGAAACCGUUGGGAAGCAAAAAGCUUGCACAAAUGGCUGUUGCUUUGGAAGCAUGUAGAAGAUUGCAUAAACGAAAAGAGCUGAAUGAUUACCUACUGCCGGUUGGUAAAGAUACUAUUAUGCUAACAGCUCUUGAUGAAGAUCCGGAUGAAUUCAUCCCAAAUAUGAAUUACAAAGUUGGAUCAGCUCGAAGGAGACAAUUAUAUGAUAAGAGAAUGGCAAAGGCAUUGCACAAUGCAAUUCCACAUGUUGAUGAAGAAUGCUACAUCUAUGUUAUGGAAAUGGAUCUCGUCAAAGCAGUAACUGGUGCUGCGAAUCCAAAAAACCGCCGAAUUAUAAACCCAUUGGAUACUGAAUUCUGCUUUGGAUUCCUUUCCAAUAAAAAGAUACCAAAAGUACCAUCGUUCCCGUUAUUUCUGCGUCAAGGUCGUAUGCAGGCGAAUAUUUUUCCCGUCAAAUCACGUCUUCUUGUUGAUGCUCAGAUGUUGGAGCUUCUUAAGGCAUUCCAUCAUUAUUUGUUCGAUAAUGUUCUCCGACUGGUGAAAGGAGGCCUAGUUUUUGUUCCUGACAAGGCACCAGUCAAUGUUUUGGUGGUCCCACUUCGACGUGAACGAAACAAUAAAACCAAUGAAGUGGAUUUCAAGCUAGAUUACGCAUAUGUACGAAAUGUUGUUUCAUCGAUUGAUGAAUUGCCGCGAAUUCCAACGGAAGUUGAAAGACGAGCUUUCAAGUUCGAUGCAGCUAAUUUUCAGGAUGCCGUUGUUAUGCCGUGGUAUCGGGACCGAGAUCAUCCAUCAUUUUACUACGUUGCUGAGAUAAUCGAUGCUAAACCAUCGUCCAAGUUUCCGGAUGACAAGUUUGCAACAUUUAAUGACUAUUUCAUUCAGAAAUAUGGCAUCGUUAUUUAUGACCAGGAGCAACCACUUCUUGAUGUUGAUUAUACUUCUAGUCGCUUAAACCUUCUAAUGCCUCGACACUGGUCACGCUCAAGAAAUCGGACUACCGAAGAAAGAGGCUCAGAAAGUGGCGGGAUGUCACAAGGACAAAUUUUGGUACCUGAACUUGUUGAUGUACAUCCGAUUGCUGCUUCUUUAUGGAAUGUUAUUGCAGCCCUUCCAACGCUUCUUUAUCGAAUCAAUAGUCUGUUAUUAGCGGACGAGCUGCGUGAGUUGAUAAUGCGUGAAGCGUUUUCUAAUCCUGACUAUAGAACUUCUGACGACGUAUAUUGGAUGCCACUGGAUUAUCCAACGCCUAUGGAUGACCUGGAGAUGAAACCAGUGCAAAGGAUUUGUGAUCUAAAAAAACAAGUGGAAGAGAAAAGUCUAGAAAAUAACGACGCAAAGGACUCUGGCUCUGGAAUGGCUGAUUUCGAAAUUGGCGUCUGGGAUCCUGAGCUUGCGAAGGGAUUAGAAGGUUUUUGUCCGAAUAGAGGAAGACGUGAUGAAAUUAGAGGAUUCGAAGAUAUUGACGGAGAUGCAUUGGGUCUUAUGGUGAAUGGUUCCACCCUACGACAACAUGGUGACAUGUCAGAUGAUGACGAUGAAGAUGCCAUUGUGCUAUUCGAUUUCAUAAACAGUGUCCAUGAACGCCUCGGAAAAAGUGGCGAUAUAUUUGCUCCACGAGAGAACAUCACAUCAUCUGGCUGGGAUGAUCUGAUUGUUAUAGAAGAGUCAGCACCCAAUGGAAUUAAUAUGCCAUUGUCUGUGAAUAGUGGAGAUUCCCAGAUCGAUAGUCGAGGCUUAAUGGCCGAUUUGUCGCGGAUGAGUUGGCUUCUGAACAUGCCCACUGCAUUACCUCUAGCCGCAGUUGACACAACAAACCAAGGCAGUGUUGAUGUAAAAAAGGAAAUUAUGAAAAAUGGGAAGAAGCAACACCAUCCUUCGAUUGCUAGAAAGCCUGCUCAGUUAUACCUCGAUUCGUUGGAAAGAUUGGAAGAUUCAGAUCGAGGUUCAUUAAAAUCAAAUCGUCAAGAAGAAUGUAUUGAUUUAAUCGAAUUUUGUGAUGAGAUAGACGAAAUCGUGUCUAGCGAGUACGAUAGUACACUACCUUUUGAUUUGCGAUAUUUCAAAGGAUGUUUACUGGAUACCGAUGUUGAAUUAAAUACUGUUGAAAUGCUUUCGCCCACGAAAAUAUCAUUGCAUCAAGACGGAAAAUUGAUGGAUGAAGAGAUGGUAAGAUCAUCAAGCGAUUUAGAAUUAUUUUUGCAAAUGUCGCACAAUAGUGAUGUUGCAAAAUUGGCUUGUUCAACGGCAAAUGCGUAUGAAGUUAAUAGAAAGCAAGAAAUAAGUGCUCCAGUCCUCGACUGGAUGACAUUUUCGUUCGAGGAGGAUACCUUCAAUGAUCAUCCAGACGGUGUCUCUCCAUGUACCCUGCUGCAGGCGCUAACACUGUCGAAUGCAUCGGAUGGUAUCAACUUGGAGCGUCUCGAAACUGUUGGUGAUUCCUUCUUGAAAUAUGCCGUAACUGAUUACUUGUUUCACACCAACCCAGAGCAACAUGAGGGAAAACUUAGCUUUGCGAGAAGCAAGGAGGUAUCAAAUUGUAAUUUAUAUCGUUUGGGAAGGAAGCACAAUCUUCCCUCUUUAAUCAUUGGUUCAAAAUUUGAUCCAAAUGAUGGAUGGUUACCUCCAUGUUACGCACCAACAUCAGACUUCAAAGCACCGAAUACACUAGAUGCAGAAGAACGUGACAAGUUCAUCGAAAAUGUUCUUGAAGGGAAAACAGUCGAAAGACAGGAACCGGUGAGAGUACCUACAGGUUGGGAUGAAGCUGACAGAAAUAGUCAAGUUCGACGCAUUGCUGAUGGUAUCGAGACUAUCGAAUUUCCAAAAAAUAUGAUAACAAGUUGGGAUGGUGAAGAGAUUACGCCUUUGCCGUAUAAUCUAUUGACACAGCAAAGUUUGGGUGACAAAUCAAUUGCUGAUGCAGUGGAAUCUUUAAUUGGUGCUCAUCUUUUGGAACUAGGUCCCACAGCAACGUUAAGAUUCAUGAAAUGGCUAGGAUUAAAAGUACUUACAGAGCCAGUGCAAGUGGAACCACCGCUAUUGCGGUUCAUUGACACAACUGAACAGCCAGACAAAUCGCUGAGAAAGUUAAAUGAUCUAUGGGUACAAUUUCAAUUUUCAAAACUGGAAGAUUUUAUCGGCUAUCGUUUCAAUGACCGGGCAUAUCUAUUACAAGCAUUUACGCAUGCUUCUUAUUACAAAAACAGAAUAACGGGCUGCUAUCAGCGUUUAGAAUUUCUUGGUGAUGCCGUCCUGGACUAUGUUAUCACACGGUUCCUCUUCCAACAUUCAUCACAUUACAGUCCGGGUGUUCUCACAGACCUUCGUUCUGCACUUGUCAACAAUACUAUUUUUGCAUCGUUAGCCAUCAAGCAUAACUUCCAUAAGCAUUUUAUCGCGAUGUGCCCUAGGCUGCACCAUAUGAUCGAGAAAUUUGUUUGUCUAUGCACGGAAAAAAAUCUUUCGAGUGCAAAUUUCAAUGAAGAGAUGUAUAUGGUGACAACCGAAGAAGAAAUUGAUGAGGGUGAGGAAGAAGAUAUUGAAGUUCCAAAAGCAAUGGGUGAUAUUUUCGAGUCGGUAGCUGGAGCCAUCUAUUUGGAUAGUGGACGAAGCUUAGACAUUGUGUGGAGGGUCUUUUAUAACCUAAUGAAGGAAACCAUAGACGAAUGCUGUAGUAAUCCACCACGUUCACCGAUUCGUGAACUGCUUGAAAUGGAACCUGAACGGGCUCGGUUUUCGAAGCUGGAGAGGAUAUUGGAAACGGGGAAAGUACGUGUAACAGUUGAUAUCCAGGGCAAAUGUCGUUUCACUGGAAUGGGUAGGAGCUAUCGGAUAGCUAAAUGUACGGCAGCCAAACGAGCUCUACGCUAUUUGCGGAGUUUAAAGAAAGAAAAAGAACGAGCGGCUGGAAAACAAUAGUUUUAUUCCUUAAAGUUUUGAAACUUUAGAAUAUUUGUAAUAUAAUGAGGUACCUUCAUGAACUGGAAACCUAGUAUCCG